GCAGCCUUAUUGCCUCUUGACACUGACACACGACAAUCUGAAACCCCAUCAAGAUUCCAUCCUCCCAAGCUGGACAGGGUGAUCGACCUUCAUCACUAGCUAUUUAGUGGAGACCUAUCCCUCUGACGUCGGUCCAUAUUCCAUAUAUUUUUACUGGGUUAGCGUUGUGGGUUUCUUGUCCGACUUGCCUCCCUUCUUUUGCCCUUGACCUCUCCUUUGCGUCAUACUGGCUGGAUCCCGCCGAGCGGAAUCUUGCCUUCGCCUUCGAUCCUUUUCCACUCCCAUUAUCUAUUAAUUUUCGGUUUUAAUUAGCUUCACCAUGUUCUCCGCGGCGCGUCGAAGAAUUCUGGAUGGACUCAACCGGAGAUACAUCUAUGGCCGUUUGCCCUUGCUCCACAGCAUAAUCUUCCUCAUCGAAAUGGCGGUUGCGAUGCGGUUGGCGGCCAAAUUCAACUCCUACUAUGCGGAGAAGCCGGUGUUGACUACUAUGGUGACCAAUGCGGUUCUUGGCGGAGUUGCGGAUACAGUUGCGCAGCUGAUUACGGCGUUCAGAACUCGACCGGGCCGACCGAAUUAUGAUCCUGGUGAUCUCAUCUCAAUCGAAAUUCACGAUCUUGAUAAGGAGAAGCCACCGGCUCUUGGGGAGCUGGGCCACGCGAGACAGUUGCCUCCGCCUUUUGAUUUUGAGCGACUGACCCGGUUCAUGUCAUAUGGUUUCUUCAUGGCACCGAUCCAGUUCAAGUGGUUCGGAUUUUUAUCUCGGACAUUCCCUCUCACCAAGAAAAACCCGACCAUUCCGGCCUUGAAGCGAGUUGCUGUAGAUCAGUUGCUCUUCGCGCCUUUCGGUACGGCUAUCUACGGACUGCAGGAUGCAUGGGAUGCUAACAGCGCUACAGGUCUGGUGUGUUUCUUCACCUUCAUGACACUCGCUGAAGGCGGUGGGCGUAGAGCCUUGACCCGUAAAUUCCAGGACGUUUACCUCCCUACUCUUAAGGCCAAUUUCGUCCUCUGGCCAGCUGUACAGGUUCUUAACUUCCGGGUCGUUCCAAUCCAAUUUCAAAUUCCCUUUGUGUCCUCUAUUGGUAUCGCUUGGACUGCGUACCUGUCCUUGACCAACUCUUCUGAGGAAGAUUGAUUAAAUCACCUGCGAUGAUGACAUGAAUGGUUUCGG